GACAGUUGCAUUGUGGGAAAAAGAUGAUUGACACGGCCGCCAUUUUGCUCGAGUUCUUUGCUUCCAUUGUGUGAGAGAUAGUAAAUAUCUGACACUGUCAGACAACCACAACACAUCAGUGUCCGUGCGGAGGAAAAGCGUGAAAUUUACCCUCGGUAAGGAAACAUUUCCUCACAAUUUUGACACAUAUCAGCGUGUUAGUGUUUUGAUUAAAAAACUGAGUGGAUUAAGGUUGUUUUAGUGCGUCAAAUUCGUGUUAUUUCGACGCUGUUGAAAGGAGGAAAGCAGCUGCCGCGAUGCCCGGGCACAGAGAAGAAACGACCCUCCACCGUCGGAGUAUCUACUCCACUUUUAGGAGCCAUUUCCACCUCACUGUAAACGCCUUUGAACACAAUCGUUUCAAACGCUCGGAUGCUUAUUGGAUAGCUGCACUUGUUUUCAGUGUUACGGUCGUCGUCUCGAGCGAACACGUUGUUUAAUUUAUUUUAUUUUAUUUUUUAAAGGAAAAAUGUCAUAGUUUACGUCCUCCUCAUCGCUAGUGUGUAAGUAGGUUCCUUUCGGUCUGCGGCCAUAAUGUUGUUGUAGGGGGUGGCGCCAAUGCUGCUUGUCCCGCCCUCAACCUUGCAGACUGAACCGCGAUUGGUCGCAUAACUCGACACAGGCUUAGUCGAUUGGCGUAUUUCACGACAAAGAGCUGUAUAAGCAUGUGAUUGGUGGAGGUGUCCUGGCUGGUGUUUGUGUAGCAGCCAAACUGGAGGAACGUAACAUAACUGAACACCAUAGACUCUGAACUGCACGAGGGAAAACGAAAGUCCAUUUAUGUAAACGAAAAAUAAUAUUACUUAUUGAGAACUUAGUCAUAAAAGAUAAUAAUGUAGCCAUAAAAAAUGGGCUGUUAAUUUGUUAUUACUGUAUUUUGCACACCUGUUUAUCAGUUUCAGGGCUGUCAUCAUACCAGGAUGGGGUAAAUAAGAUGGCCAAAGAUGAUCAUAUCAUAAAUUUUGACUCGGCUUGGACUACCAGCAUCCAAGGAUUUUUAGAAAAGUGACCCCUUUAUUCACAAAAUUGUGAAUCUAAGUGUUUGUAUAACUUUGUUUUCUUAUAGAUGCACCUUAUUGUAAAGGUAAAAGCCCCCAGACUCCUCAGGAAAAUCAACAGAUUUCCAUCUGUAAUAUGUUAGACCACAGGUGUCAAACUCAAGGCCCGGGGGCCAAAUCUGGCCCGUGGAACAAUUAUAUCUGACCCACAAGAUCAUAUCAUAUUUGUUUUAUUAUUGGCCCACCAGUAUGAAGUCUGCAGAUUUCCUCCAGUAUAAUAAUGUAAACUUUAGCACAAUUAUUUAAAAUGUUCUUAAUAAGCCACAAAAAUCUGGGAAAAUUAAAGAGUACUAUUUGAUAAAUAGUCAGAAUGUGGAGAAAUUAUUUGGUGUUUUAUUUCAUGUUUUCAAUUUUGCAUUUCAAGAUUACAAAUCAAACAUGAUUGGAAUUUUUUAUUUCAUGCUUUGAUUUUGUUCAACUCAAUAUUUAGACUUGUGUCAUUUUUAUACUUUAGAUUUCAAUUUUAAAUUUUAAGUCAUAUUUUGACCUUUUGAUCCUGAUUUUAACAUUCUCCACAUGUAUUUGCUUUUUAAAAGCAUUACUUUUCUAUUUUUAAUAUCAUGCUCUGAUCUUUUGAACUAAUAAAUAAAAAUAGAAUAAAAAAAUCCAUCUCAGAUUGCUUUUAAACUUAUCUUUUUAUCUUUUUUGAAUUUCCAAAUGAUUUAUAACCAUUGCUGUUUUUGUAACAUAUUUUUGAAAAGGAGGUUGACAGUUUUGGUGAAACUCAGGUCCAAAUAUGUUUAAUUAUGCCAAAGGUUGAAAAUACCAUCACAAAACUUUGGGCACAGAGAGAGAGAGAGUGUGUCAUUAACUUGAACAUCUGUAAGUUCUGACAUACAGUGGUUUUUCCUUGCUAGGUGACCCUUUAUUGUAAUGGCUCGUACCAAGCAGACAGCUCGUAAGUCCACCGGAGGAAAGGCUCCUCGCAAGCAGCUGGCCACUAAGGCUGCUCGUAAGAGCGCCCCCUCCACUGGUGGAGUGAAGAAGCCUCAUCGUUACAGGUAACACCUUUAUUACCAUCACUCCGAAAAACAAAAACUCUAAUCUAGGCCUGUCGCGAUAAUCAAUAAAUCGCCUUAUCGCUCGAUAAAUAAAAACGAGGUCGAUAACUUUGCCAGCCUCGAUAAUUGACGUGCGUUUGUAUUCCUCCUCUCUUGCUACCAAACACGCUUGAUGAGAGAAGAGGUCUCACUCUGCCCAUUGUUCUCGGCACCUGGGGGCGUUGGCUCUAUAGCGGAAUGAACGGAGUUAGUGAACCCUCCUGUCAGUCAUUCAGUGUCUUUGUCACGAGGGGGCUGGCGCGCACAGGCACACAGACACAGACUUUUUGGAUACAGUGCUGCAAGUGAGCGUCGUGAGUGAAAAGCAAGCUAACAGAAUGAACACGACAGCUUUGGUGUCUAAACCGAACGCAACAGCCCAAGUGUGGGAAUAUUUCGGCUUUAAACCAGUUUUGUUUUCGUCAACCACAAAACUCCACGUGUGUGUGUGUGCGCGCGUGCGUGUGUGUCUGUGUGUUGGAGGAGCACAGCAGGCUGAUGAGAGCUGUCAGAGCGGACUGAAGCUGCUCCUGUAUGUUUAGCGUUUAACUGACUGAGUUUUGCAACUCUGUUCGUCAUUUUCGUCUCGUCCCAUCAACGUAAACGCACUUUCGUCUCGUCACAUUUUAGUCAUCUCCGACUUAUGUUUAGCUCGUCAACGUUACGUCUUCGUCGUGGGAGAAAAGGGAAAUAUUUUAGUCAACGAAAACAACCAGUGUUGUUCUCGUGUGGAAAUUAAAGUUUAUCACUUUUGACAUGGUGUACUCGCAUUAAUAUGCCAUAUAAUAUCAUUAUCUAUAAUUUAAAAAAUGGUGUCAAUAAUAUCGUUUAUCGGCGAUAAUUUGUAGCACAAUUAUCGUCCAGCAAAAUUUGUUAUCGUGACAGGCCUACUCUAAUCCUACCCAGUGUAUAAUUUGAUUUCUUUGUCACAUUGACCUGAAAGAAGAGUUGUUUGAAGACAGUCAUGCCUAAAAUGAGGGCUUAGUUGUUGUCAAAGUUUGUAAAAAUAUCUGCCAGUGUAGCAAGUGUAGUUUUUUCACAGGUUUCUUGAAACAAGAUAUCAUAUUAUCAUCAGGAAUGUCAGAAAGAAAAUGUUGCUGUUCGUUAUAUUUAUUGCUGGGGCGAUUCAUCAACAUAGUCGACGUACUUUACUACAAAAAAUCGUCCACACAAAAAGACUUGCGUUGACGUGAUGAAUAAUUACGUAGGUAAUGGCUACUUCAGGUAACCGUGGAGGCAUGGACGGCAAACGAGCUCCACCUAAUGGGGUCAAUUUAAAACCUACUUUAGCUUGAUCUAUGAGUAGCUCCUCUCAAUCAGUGCAUGUGUUCUUCCUGGCUUCCUGGUUCACAUUUCCAAGAUCGCACUGCUGUCAUUCAAGGAGACACGCAGUGACCUGUCAAUCAAAUAACACACCGCUGGUGCAGCAAACGCCACAGUGGACGCUGCAUCAUCCGCCCAGCAUCCCGUGUCUCACUCAUUCGCUUUAAGCAGUUCGCUUGCAGUUCAAGCAUCAUUUUAUGCUUUUAUUUGUCUAAUAUUAAUCAGCUGUGUGAUCACUGAUGAUGUUUCGCUAAUGCUAAUACUCAGCCUGAUCUGCCAAAUGUAUGUAAAUGUAUGUGAAAAGAAUUUUCAAGGUGUGGAGGCUUUAGUUUAGCCAAGGCGGUGCGCCAUGGAUCAGUUUCAUGAAGAGGAAAUCCUGUCAUACAGCACCAUAUCUUACUCAGCAAUGUAAACAAACACUGUAAAGCCGUGUUCAGACCAAAUGCGACCUGAGGCGACCAAGUCACGUAGGUCGGUCACGUCGCGUCACACCCUGGUGUGUUCACACCGGGUCCAAAGCUGCGGUCGCAGGAAGCGGCUGGUCGCCGCUGACCCGCUUCUCCCACCUUCCUUCUCCCUCCUUUUCUCCCUCAUAUACAUCCCGCAGCCCCUUCCAGCGCUUGCGGCACACAUCCACUGCAAACACACACACACACACACAUUGAAACAUGUAGCCUAGCAAGCAGGGGAAGUUUGCUAUGUUUUCAGAAAAUAGUCUGCUCACUGAAAUAAAUAAAUAAACAAACAAACUUAACAGAAAGCCCGACAUCAUGGGCCACCUUCGCCCAUGCCUCCUCCUUGGAGGUGUGGUCCCGGUACAACGCGCACCCCAUGUCGUACAGGACCGGGUGAUAAUUCACGGCAGUGAUAAACUGCUCCUCCAAUGUGAUUCUUCUUCUCCUCCUCCUUGCUUCGCCGAUUUGUUGACUUCAGCAGAGCCCUGAUUGGCUGUCGCAGCACGGAGUCGCUCCCAAAGUUCAAAUAUUUGAACUUUGGGAGCGACGCGACUUGGCGUCCUGUGACCUUGGGCGACGCGACGUCGGCGACCAUGCGCGACUUGGUCGCCGAUAUCGCUGACGUCGCGUCGCCGGUGGUUGCCAAGUCGCGUCAGGUCGCGGCUGUCCAUAGACUUUGCAUUGGGAGUUGUUGCUCACGUCGCCGAGGUCGCGUUUGGUCUGAACACGGCUUAAGAUGUGCCUUUUCCAGCCCUAUUUUUAUUAUUAGCAUUGUUAUUGUUACUUUAUUUAACAACCAUUGUUGUUACGGAACACAUUUUACAACAAAGCAUUAUUGCUGUCGUGCAAACAUAUUUAGGGUUUCUUACAAUUAAAUAAUGAAUAUAUGUCACGAUAAAUUAAAUAAGUUCAAGCCCCUGUAAUUCCCAGCCAUGCAAUCUUGUAAUAGAUUUUUUGUUACAAAUGAUUAGUUUUGCAAAUAUUUUGUCUCACACUUGGUUGAGUGGCACUGACUUUCUCACUAUUAAAUGAAAGAUGAUAUGAAUGUUAUACAUUGUUACUUGACAGUCAUUGUAACUCUGAGUAAGGUGAGCAUAGUGCUGGGCGAUAUGGAAUAAAAUGUAUAUCACGAUAUAGAUCAUUUUAUAUCACGAUAACGAUAUACCACGAUAUAGCUAUGGUAUGCUUUCAGUUCUAUGAAAAAUGAAAGUGUAUACAGCUGCCCUAGUACAGUGCCAGUACAAGACCAGCACUUAAAACUAGAAAAAUGAAUAAAUAAAUACGUGGCUGAAGUGCGUUCAUGUCUGUGCUCACCCAAAGUUAUGCAACACUUACAGAAAACGCCGAAAGUGUGAGCCAAAGCACUCCAUAACAAUAAUAAUAAUAAUAAUAAAUUUAAUUUGUAAUGCACUUUACAUUUACAAAAAAUCUCAAAAUGCUACAGUGCACAGUAAAAAAAGAGCAGCAACAAUAAAAAAGCAAUAGAAUGACAGUCACAGAUUGGCAUAAAAAAGCAUAAAAGAAUAAAAAAAAUAAAGAAUAUAGAGUUGCAAUGUAAGAGGCAAGGUAGUAAAAGUAUAGAGGAAAGCUAACCAAAGGCUUUAUUAAAAAGGUAGGUCUUUAGGGCUCUUUUGAAGAGGUUGUUCACACUGCUGGAUGUUUCUCCUCCAAAGCUGCUCUCUGCCUCCGUCGCUGUUUGCUUUACUCUUGAAGCACGUAGCAAGACCCGAGCAUGAAUCCGAGCGCUUUAUUCGCCUAUCAAGGGCAGACAGGUAAGGUGAUUUGAUUCGCCACGACUCCAGAAAUGAUUGAAAACUACAGAAUGUCACAAAAUUACGUUUCCUCGCUCCUGGCUUGAAGGGUAGAAAUGCGCAGCGGUGCUCCCAGCUGACAGGAAGUCAAACCACUGUUGUAGUUCUUUUGUGUUGCUAGCGCGGUCAAGAGUGUUGGCUCUCACUGAGAGAUGACUACAAAAAUGGACGCACCUGUUCAUCUGGUUGUUUAACACGGCUGAAAAUGAUCAUCUGUUAAUGUUGUUCCCGCUCCUGCCCACUCCCGUUGCUUUUUUUGCCGUCCCGUCCCAAUCAAGGGAUUAAUUAAAAAAUGACUCCUGUCCCUUGGGAUUCCCGCGAGAAUCACGUGACCCACGGGAAUUCCCGAAAAAUGUCAUCCUCUACAGGGAAGGUCCCGGAGCAGAUGAAACAGGUGCCGGAGCGGCUGAAAUAGGUCCCGGAUCCGAUCAAAAGAGGUCCCGGAGCGCGCUCCGGCUUGCUCUGGCACAAAUUAAGCACUGCUUACAAUGAUCCCCUCACGUGUGUAACCCAGGUAACCCGCAACGGCGGGAGACGCUGGACACGAAGAGGGCACGUAAAGCGGCGUCAUCUCGCAAAAUCGAAAGACAAAUGCGAGCCUACAUGUCAACGCAUCCUUUUCUUUGUAAGAAAAUAUUGUUUUCUUUCCCGUUUGACACCAAAUACACUUAUUGAAUGUGCAAUUAUUGUUGUUGUUACUAUGAAUCAUCUGAUGGCACAAGCCCUAUGGAUAAAAUACAGCCUAUCGCUCGAAACGAUAAAAAUAGAAAUGGCACGAUAGACAUUUUCUAUCGUGCCCACGAUAUCUAUCGUCCUAUCGCCCAGCACGAGGUGAGCAUGUACCUGAUAAGGGAGGAUGCUAAGUAACAAUAACCCAUCAGGCUGGUCCAACCACACAGGCUGGUUAUCCAAAAAUAGUAUACCGCAGUUCACAGUAUGUCACCCAGCUCUAAGUGCAAGCUUUUGGCUGAGUGUUUCUUACAGUUGACUUUAGAUAAGCUAAAAAGCAAUGAUAGUGCUUUGUGAAUGAAAAAAAACAAUGAUAAAGAUGCAUGUUUUUUGUUUUGUUUGAUUUCAAGUGAUUCUUGAAUAAUAUAAUAUUAUACAAAAAUAAUUGUUAGAAUAAUAAAUAAACAAGUCAACAGAUCAGUUGACUAAUCAAUAGGCCUGUCACGAUAAAAAAUUUUGCUGGACAAUAAUUGUGCUACAAAUUAUUGCCGAUUAAACGAUAUUAUUGACACCGUUUUUUAAAUUAUAGAUAAUGAUAAUAUAUGGCAUAAUACUGUGAGUACACCAUGUCAGAAGCAAUAAACUUUAAUUGCUCAAGAUUAAGAACUUUGAACUAGGAUGAACAUAUAUAAUAAACAAAAAAGACAACCAAAAAACAAUGAAAAUAAAAUGGACCCACAUUCUGUUUUUAUCAAAAACUGCAUUCAAGUAAAAACCACAAUCACAACUACAAACAAUAAAAAAAUAGACCUUGUCUCUGGUACGGAACAAAAACUUCACUCCACACAUAACUGUUAAAACAAUAAAUAAAGUGGAGUGUCGAGUCUGUAAACAAAAUUGCACUAAAUAAUUAGCUUUGGGUGCUAUUCGUCAACAGGUCAACAAAGAACAUGCAUGCGCACCUCAAGCACAAUCAUCCCCGCGGAUGAUUGUGCUUGAGGUGCGCAUGCAUGUUCGUCGUAUUCCUCUUCUUUGUCAACAAAACUUUCGAACAAAGGCGACACAUCGUCCCUGUUCGUGGGCUCACCUCUUUCAUUCUAUUUGAAACUGAAAUGUUCCCACACUGGGACUGUUGCGUUGGGCUUAGACACCAAAGCUGUCGUUUCAUCAUUCAUUGCGUUUGCCCCGCACUCUGUCAGUAAGUCUGUGUGUGUGUGUGUGUGUGUGUGUGUGUGUGUGUGUGUGUGUGUGUGUGUGUGUGUGUGUGUGUGUGUGCCAGCUCUCCCCCCCACCGCGACAAAGAGAGGUUCACUCACUGCGUUCAUUCCGCUAUAGAGCCAACGCACCCAGGUGUCGAGAAAAAUGCGCAGAGUGAGACCUCUUCUCUCAUCCAGCGUGUUUGGUAGCGAGAGAGGAGGAAAACAAACGCACGUUAAUUAUCGAGGCUGGCAAAAUUACCGACCUCAUUUUUAUUUACCGAGCGAUUAGGCGAUUUAUUGAUUAUCAGUCAAUAAAAAUAAUUGUUAGAUUAAUCAAUAAAAAAAUAAUCAUUAGGUGCAGCCGUAAUCAUAUUGUUAAAAUGCUAUUUUCUCAUUUCUGCUACAUGUUGUUAAUGCUCUCAUUUGUCACAUCACCCCCACAGCAGUUUUGAUGUUCUGUUGUUAACUUAUGUACUUUUGUAGCCUAUAAGUACAGUUGAGGCCAAAAUUAUUUGCCCACCUAUGAAAGUUUAAGAUUUUCUUUCCAUAAUUUCUUGAGUGCUGUUCAACAGAUUAAUUUCCAAAUAUCCUAGUUUUAUUUUGGAUCCUUACAUUAUUGAACUUUUCACACAGAAACAAAAUAAUUUCACAAAACCCAAAAACUACCAGGGUCAAAAAUAUUAACCCCCCCUUAAGAAUUGUAGCGAUUUGAAUUUAUAAUAAAUGUCUGAAGAGUAAUAAUCUUCAAUUAUGACAUUUAUGCACUCGUUGAAGGGGCACCACCCACCUUUCUGGUAGGAAAAAGACAAAACAAAGUUCAAUUGAAUAAUCAAACGUUCAAUCAGUCUUAAACAGAUUUAAAUCAAUCUCACAUCUGAGGCCAGAAUUCUCAUUUCAGGGACUUCACUUCUGGAUAUUGACCACUAAGAGACGACAACUUAAAAUUCAAUGGGCAAUUUAUUGAAUUUAUGUUAUCAACUAGCAUUUGUCAAUAAAUUGUCCAUUGAAUUUUAAGUUGUCGUCUCUUGGAUGAUGCUCACAAAGCAGGAGAAGGAUAUAAAAAUUUAUCACAGCGUAUCCAAGUGCAAAGUGGAGUGAGAAGUAUCAUCAAGAAAUUCAAGGAGAGCCACACAAUACAGAACAAGUCUGGAAGAGGUAGGAAGAGAAAGAUUUCAAAGAAAACUGGUGGGAGAUGUGUCUAAACAACCUAGAACAACUACCAAAACAGGAGUUGCUGACUUAGCCAAGUCAGGAAUUAUGGUGUCAAACAAGACAGUCUCUAGAGCACUAAACAGAAAUGGACUGCGAGGAUGCAGGCUAAGAAAAACUCCACCUUUACAAAAAAAACACCUUCAAGCCAGACUGAGGUAUGCUAAGGACAAACUGGAGAAAGAUUGUUCAAACUGGAGACGUGUUCUUUGGUCAGAUGAUACCAAACUAGACCUCUUUGGCCACAGAGACAUUGCUUAUGUUUGGAGAAAGAAGGGAGAGGCGUAUAACCCCAAGAACACUGUCCCCACAGUUAAACACGGUGGUGGGAGUAUCAUGCUGUGGGGAUGUUUCAGUGCAUCUGGAACUGGGAAUCUUGUCAAGGUUGAAGGAAUAAUGAAGAAAGAAGGAUAUGUGAAGAUUUUGAAAGAAAACCUCAAGCAGUCAGCAGCAAAACUGGGUCUGGGUCGUCACUUUGUCUUCCAACAUGACAACAACCCAAAACAGCGCUCCUGGUGAGGAGCUGCCUCCAGAAACCAAAGUGAACGUUAUUGACUGGCCUGCACAAAGCCCUGACUUAAAUCCUAUUGAAAAUCUGUGGGCUGCACUGAAGACCAGGGUCCAUGCUAGAAGACCAUCAGAUCUGGAGGAGCUUGAAAGAUCUGCCAAAGAGGAAUGGGCUGGGAUUCCACAGGAGAUGUGCCAGAGCCUUGCUACAAACUACAGCAAACGACUGCAUGCUGUUAUCCAGAAAAAAGGACACACUAUUGACAAUUAGCCUGAGGGGGGUUAUAUUAUAUUAGGGCUGCAGCUAUCGAUUAUUUUAGUAAUCGAGUACUCUAUCGAUUAAUCUGUCGAUUAAUCGAGUAAUCGGAUAAGAAAUGUUUUGCUCUCACUGUAAUACUUUGCAUUGAAUCACGUUUGAAUCAUGUUUUUCAUUAAAAACCAUCAGUAACACACAAAACUGAAAUAGGCCAGGUCUUUCAAAUGAAUAUUUUUACUGCAUAAAUCAGGAACCAAAAGUUUUACAUUUUACCAUGUAGUUCACAUGAAACUACUGAAGGCAAGGUCUGCAGAUGGUCUUUUAAUUGCUAUGGUAAUGAUCUUUGCAGUUUUCACUAAACCAGUCACAACUAUUUCCAGGCUUUGGAUCUAAUUUUACUUGUUUAAUUAAUAGGCUGAAAUAAUAUAAUUCUUGGAUACUAACAUAAUUUGACAAGCAAAUGUACAUUUAUUCAAUAUAUAAAAGUGUUACAUUUUUAUUUACAUGUUGUUGUGUGUUGGUCAUUUUGCAGCCCUCUGCUGCUCAUCACACGCCUAGCAGGUGGUGUAUAGCAUUAUCACCAUGGAUACACGGAUGUUUGUGUGAUUUUUUUCAUCCACUGCCGCCCGGUUUGUGUCGUGUAGAUGUUGAUUAUGAAAACACUUCGCAAUAAUUUGGAAACGUGAAGGGGGAGCUGCUGCUGCCCGGUGUUUACGGUAAAUAGACGCAAACACCGACCAAGUGGACGCUUCGGUCUCCGAAAACGCCGAGACAAAUUUACAAACAGCCACUAUUUCAAACAACUGGGCUCAUAAUCGUGAUGUAAACACUUACUUUCUCGCUAGAAAAAAUAUUAUUAUUGAAUGAAUUUAUAUAAUUUGUCCGGUAUGCAGUCGUUCUAUGUAGCUUGUGGUAGGACUAUUUAAAUUUUCCCGGCGCUGCGUCCGGCCGGCACGAAAUGCAUUCUGGGGUAUUUAGUAUGUAUGUGUGUAAACGCUCGGGCAGCCGCGGCAUACUCAAAUCAUCUUUGAGUAGUCAGUAGGCAGUAGCUACUGCUUGAGUAGGUAAGUAGAUAGCAGGCAGUAUGCCAUUUCGGACACAGCUUCUGUCUGUCCUCGUUUCCCUCCAUGAUUGAACCAAACGCGCGGCAGCGGAAGGAGCGGAAAGAGCACGCUUCUGCGCAACAGAAAUAACCGUCCGUGUCAAACACCGUGCGCUGCACAUGGUUCCGGAUUUAAACGAUUCCUCGAGGCAUAUAAUUUGCCUCGAGGAAUUUUAUUAAUCGAGUUACUCGAGUAAUCGUUUCAGCCCUAUAUUAUAUAUAUGGGUUAUAUUUUUGACCCUGGUAGUUUUUGUUUUUUGUGAAAUAAUUUUGUUUCUGUGUGCAAAGUAAAAUAAUGUAAGGAUCCCGAAUAAAACUAGGAUAUUUGGAAAACCUGUGUAAAAAAAUCAAUCUGUUGAACAGCACUUAAGAAAUUUUGGGGGGAAAAAAAACAAAAAUUUCAUAGGGGGGCUAAUAAUUUUGGCCUCAACUGAAAGUGCCAGUGUAAAUAUCAGUCUGUUUGAUAAGCAGGUAAAACCUCCUCACAGGAGCUUCAGGUUAUUAGUGACUAAUGUUAAGAAACAAAAAAGAUUCAGGAGUUAUUAAAAAAAAAAGAAACAGUGAAGCCCCUAUCAAAGUCAAAUGCUCUGUGCAGAUCAAUCUGCAGUUUGCUAGAUUAUGAGAUUGAAUUAUUUGGGUCGUGGUAGACAAUGCACUGUAACUCACAAUAUGAUAUGGUACUGAUACACAGCCUAACAUUAUUACUUCAAUUCUGCUGUUUAUAUCUUAAUAAAAUCAGAUUUUUGUAUUUAAUUGAGAGAUUUGAAAAUGUUCUUCUUUUGAAAUUCAGUGCCCACACCAUGUUUAAAAAAAAUGAAAAGUAAAGAAAUGCCUUAAAAACUUCUCAAGAAACAUCCUCCAACUAAUGAUUUUGAGCAUGGCUGGAAUGAAGAGGUCAGUUCAGAGAUGCUGAGUCUCCCAAAGGUAAUGAUGAGAAGAGGUUCACCACUCUGUGAGACACUGCAAAAGUAAAGAGUUGAGCAGUGUCAGAAGAAUGUUCCUGAGUGUAAAAUGACAAAGAUGUUGGUAUUUUAUCAUGUACAGUACAUAAUAACUGGGGGAAUCCCUGUACAAAAGGGACAAGGACCAAAACCAAGACUGGAUGCUGUGAUCUUCAGGUUCUCAAAUGGCACUGCAUUAAGAACAGACCGGACUCUGGAGUCCCUGUGUGGGCUCAAAAUCACUUCAAAAACCAUUUUCUGAAACCUUGGACCCUGACUCGUCUGGUCUUGAGAGGGUCCAAACAUAGGAAGUUCUGUAUUGAGCUGUACCUUGAUUGUGUGUUUCAGGCCCGGCACUGUGGCUCUGAGAGAGAUCCGUCGGUACCAGAAGUCCACAGAGUUGCUGAUCCGUAAGCUGCCCUUCCAGCGUCUGGUGAGGGAGAUCGCUCAAGACUUCAAGACUGACCUGCGUUUUCAGAGCGCCGCCAUUGGAGCUCUGCAGGUUCGUUUACUUCAGAAAUUGUAUCAUAAAAUGAAUCUGAACGGCUGAAAUCUUCUUUUGCUUAGAACUGAGUUGUCUCUCCUUGCAGGAGGCUAGUGAGGCAUACCUGGUAGGUCUGUUUGAGGACACCAACCUGUGUGCCAUCCAUGCCAAGCGUGUCACCAUCAUGCCCAAAGACAUCCAGCUGGCCCGCCGCAUCCGUGGAGAACGUGCUUAAAUAGCCUCCAUAAUGUCUCACCUUGGUCCUGUUUUUCUUUACCUCUCCCUGCCCUCACUCCUUCACUUCACCUCCACCACCCACCUCCACCUGUCCCUCUCACCCCCUGUCUUCUCAGUAGACAUUAGAGUAACCCUUAUUGUAAAGAGAUAGAAAUAUGUUGAAGUCUGGUCUCCAUAGGUUUUUUGUCUUCACCAAAUGUUUUAGGGUACCUUUUUUUCAUGCAUGUGAAAGGUUUUGCGGAUCAGAUGCACACCUGCACACAGACUCAAACAUUUCAUCUCUGGGUUUGGGUUUUGCCACGAAAGCUCACCUGGAUUCUUCCAGUGUGGGCAGCCAGCAAGUGAGCUUGUGGCAAACAGAGCUGAAGGAGCAGAGGGACGAGUACAAGGGACUAGUCUGCUUAAGGGGAGCUGCAACUUCCACAGCAGGGUGCUAUUUAAACUAGUCUCAAGGCCUCAGCCCCCGUCCUAACACCUUUCUCUUCCUCCCCUCCUGCCCAGUCCGUCCCUCUACACCCUCUUCUUCCUCCCCUUCUUUAUGCAGUGGCAUGCUGCACCUCUUUGGGUCCCUCCCUCACUCCUUCGAUGUGCUCUGGAGGGGGAUGGCAGGGUGUUUGUGUGGAUGUGUAAAUCUGAUCUCACAAACCUCUUGUACUCAACAAACAAGGAUCUUUUGGUUGCUUAAGAUUAUUGACUAUUGUUGUGGAUAUGGUGUUUAUUUUUUUUACACAUAUAAAUCAUAAAUACUUCUCUUGACCACUCUUAAAAUCCGUAAAUAACAGAAAAUCAAUAAACAUUGUCGACCCAGUGAUCAGUUUUUAUUUACAGCAAUCUGAUUUGCAAUAGAAAAUCAGAAAGGGCUUCUCUGUUUUCAACCUCAAGUCUAAAGGCAGCCUCGGGGGAGCGAUGUUCACCAUCUGUUCCUCUACUCAGUGUGGAUCACACAUUAUGCUCCUCUCUCUCUUUCUCUCUCUCUCUGUCUCUCUCUCUCUCACUACAGUAUGAAUUGAUAUGACAGUGGAACUUUCUCUGCAUGUUUUAUGCUCUGUGUGUCUUUUAGACUGUUGAUCGAAACAAAUAAUCUGUCCCUUUCUCAAAAUUUGUGAUACACGAUAUAACCUCAUAAUUGUGUUCUUUUAUAUUUUUCUUAUUCCUUGAAAUUUUCAGACAUAUAAAUAAGCUGAUCUUUGUAUUUUCCAAAUUUCUCAUAUUAUGGUGGUAAUAAAUAGGUGUUAAAACAACCUGA